AUGGCAGCACGAACACUACGGAUAGGUCUGAUACCGGGCGACGGCAUUGGCCGCGAGGUCAUACCCGCCGGCCGCCGCAUCCUCGAAGCUCUUCCCAGCUCCUUUAAGCUUAAUUUCUCCUUCGUGAACCUCGAUGCAGGGUUCGGAACCUUCCAGGAGACGGGUGUAGCGUUGCCGGACAAGACAGUGGAAAUACUCAAGAAGGAGUGCGAUGGCGCGCUAUUCGGCGCAGUCAGUUCCCCAACCAAGAACAUCCCCAAAGGCUACUCCUCCCCCAUCGUCGCCCUCCGCAAACGCCUCGACCUCUACGCCAACGUCCGCCCCGUCAAAACGGUCGCAGGCGCCCACUCCCCCGUCGACCUUGUCAUCGUCCGCGAAAAUACUGAAGACCUCUACGUGAAGCAGGAAGAGACCUUCAUGGGCCCUAAAGGCAAGACCGCGCGCGCCAUCAAAGAGAUAACCGAGUACGCCAGCCUGAACAUCGCGCGCAUGGCCGGCGACAUCGCGCUUCGACGGCAGCGGGUUAGGGAUGCUGGUGGGGAUAGCAUACACAAGCAGCCGCUGGUUACUAUCACGCAUAAGAGCAAUGUGCUCAGCCAGACGGAUGGGCUGUUCCGCGAGAGCGCAAGAACGGCGCUCGGUGAGGAGAAAUAUCAGUCUCUCAAUGUGGAGGAGCAGAUUGUGGACAGCAUGUUCUACAAGCUGUAUCUGAAGCCCAGCCACUACGAUGUCGUUGUCGCGCCGAAUCUCUACGGAGACCUUCUCAGCGAUGCGGCCGCUGCGUUAGUGGGGAGCUUGGGGUUGGUGCCGAGCGCGAAUGUGGGGAAGAACUUCGCGAUAGGGGAGCCGUGCCAUGGUUCUGCGCCAGAUAUCGAGGGUAAGGGGAUCGCAAAUCCAAUUGCAACGAUUCGGAGCGUGGGCUUGAUGCUGGAGUUUAUGGGAGAGGAAAAGGCGGCCGCGAAAAUCUACUCCGCUGUGGACGCCAAUCUAGAGGAGGGAAAAUUACUGUCGCCGGACUUGGGUGGUAACGCUAAGACCGACGAGGUAGUAGAGGAUAUUAUCAAGCGGCUGUAG